CACCAAAAGUUCAAGGUGAUCCUCGUCGACGAACAACCCACAGAGAUAUCCAGCACCGGUGACGCAAAUCAACCGCGCUCAGCAACCCCCCAGACACAGAAGCCAUGAUUUGCAGAACGUGCAUGCGCCGCGGCGCCUCGGCCAUACCCCGGUUCCAGGCCCCUCGCGCCUCGUCCCUCCUCGUCAGACCCUUCUCCCUCUCCGCGCCCUCAAGAAACGCAGCAGAAGCGCCUGCUGCUGCUGCUGCUGCUCCUGCUGCUCCCGCCGCCACCGACGCCAAAGAUGCACCCCCGAAGCUCUUCUCGUCCACCGCCGACGUCCCCGAGGCCGCGGCGCCCAUCUCCUCCUGCCCGCCCGGUACCGUCCUCAACGGCCUCAACUACUUCAAGAACAAGACGGACCCCGUCGCUCUCCCCGAUGAGGCGUACCCCGACUGGCUGUGGACGGUCCUCGAGUCCAAGAGCGAGGCUGUAGAGUCUACGGAUGACCUCGCCGCCGAGAUGUUUUCCAAGUCCAAGAAGCAGCGCAAGGCCGCCGCCAAGAAGCAGAAGGCCCUCGAGGCCAAGGUCCUGGCCUCAGGCGACCUCGAGGCCCUCGCGCCAAAGGUCCCGCUGCCGCAGCAAUCCAUCAACUUGCCCGGAGAGAAGGGUGGCGACGUCGAGCACAACCUCGAGGCGGCGACCAAGAGAGACGAGCUGCGCAAGGCGAUGCGCAAGGACCGCAAGGCCAAGAUCAAGGAGUCCAACUACCUCAAGUCCAUGUAAGCGGGGGCUCGUUGUGGCACCGUUUUUGGGCUUGUUGCAUCUACUAUGGUUGUCACGUGUGUGGCAGCAAGGGGUCGGGAUUGUGUAUCAUAGAGAGCUCUCAAAAAGGGAGCUCCUGUACAAUAUCUACGGUCGUUAUGACCGGCUUGUUAUAUCAUCACCAAAACAUCAACUGGACGAGUAAGAAGAACGAUGUUCUUAGAGCGCUGCGGGC